UCCAUGGCCAAGGUCUCAUUUUCCCUUCUCUUUGCUCUCUACUUCCUAUUCUUGCAGUGGGGUCUUGUCCCAUAUACUGCAACUGCAUAUAAUGCAUCAGGUCUCAGCUAUGAUUUCUAUGAAAAGAGUUGCCCUAAUGUGGAGAGGAUCAUCCACAAUGUGGUCUCUCAGAAGCUUACAGAAGCUUUUUCUACAGCUGGUGGAGCUCUCCGCAUCUUCUUCCAUGACUGCUUUGUUGAGGGCUGCGAUGCAUCAGUGUUGAUAGCAUCAAGCAAGACAAACAAGGCAGAGAGGGAUGCUGAAAUAAACCUAUCACUACCUGGAGACGGUUAUGAAGUGUUCUUCAGAGCCAAGAGGGCUUUGGAGUUGCAGUGCCCUGGCAUAGUAUCUUGCACCGAUGUCAUGGCAAUUGCUACCAGAGACCUGCUUAACUUGGUAGGAGCCCCAAGGUGGGAAGUGCUAAAAGGGAGAAAGGAUGGGCUUGUAUCCAAGGCUUCAAGAGUGACUGGAAACAUUCCAGAACCGACUCAAACAGUCUCUGAACUGAUAUCUCUCUUCAAGUCCAAAGGGCUGUCUGUCCUAGACAUGGUGGCCUUAUCCGGAGGCCACACCAUAGGUUUCUCACACUGUGACCAAUUCAUGUCAAGAAUCUACAGCUUCAACGAGACAUUUGACAUAGAUCCUACCAUGGACAAGGACUAUGCCCAAAUGCUUCAAGAAUCAUGUCCAGAGAAGACAUUUGAUCGAAAUAUCGUUCUGCCCAAUGAUGUGAGUACACCACAGGCAUUUGACAAUGCCUACUACACUAAUCUUCAAAAGGGCCUCGGCUUGCUAUCAAGCGAUCAGAUAUUGGCUUUGGACCCAACUACUCAGGGUUAUGUGAAUUCAAUGGCCGAAAAUCAACAAGUUUUUUUCCGUCACUUUGUUAGAGCCAUGAUCAAGUUGGGUGAAAUUGGUGUUAAGACAGGAAGCAAUGGUGAGAUCAGACAAGAUUGUGGUGUUUUCAACAGUUAAAAAUCAUUUGCCCCUUGUCCAGCAGUGUUUGAGUGUAUUCCUUAAGAUUAUAAUCUAUUUCUAUAACCUAAAUCACUGUUAUAUUAUAGUA